AUGUCAUCCAAAAACUAUCUUGAUUUAACCAUCGGUGUCAUUGGAGCACAGGUACCACAAACAAGCCCAUCCAUCACAUGGAGAAAUGGGUAUAAGACUGUCCUUCCCACGAUUUUCGAUGGUGAUGAUGUGAACUUAUGUGAUGAAGUCAAUAUCCUGCUGAUCAAGUACAUGGCACAAUUGCCAACAUCCGAUGUCCAUUCUCAACAUGUCCAUCACCUCGCCAGUCAUUCAUUAUCAACCUCAGACGUCAUGAACAUCAUUUCUAAAUCUCUGUCAAUCAAUAAAUGCAUGAAAAUCACCAGAGUACCAUUCACAUCAUCGUGCAAUCAAUUUGACUUGCACUACCUCGAUGUGGAGUUUGGGAUUUCACCACUUAGGCCCAUGCAAGUCCAUGAUGUUAAGGUGCAAUGCCACAAUCAUGCUAAGCCUCAGAUAUUUAGCACCAUCAAAUCCUUUUUUGACUCACUGAAUGAUCUAAUGAAGAUCCAAUGCAUCAUCAACAUACCUCUUGCACAGAUUUCGAUGCCAGACCAAUUAAAAAAUCUUGAUCAUGGCAUCAUUCAUGGGUGGAACCAAACGUGCACCUGUGUGCCAAUAAUAUCCAAGGUCCAUCUGGAGAAUUUUACCACCAAAGGAUGGGGACUGCUUCAUCAUGCAGGCUUCUUAACAUAUCCGCAUCAUGACGCAGAGUGGACACUGAUGUGGCUUAGGAUGGAGGUUGGUAUCAAGUUCUGGGUCAUUUUCUGGUUGAGAAGUGGAAGGAGCGAUCAUAUUCAACUGUGGAACCUCUCUGUCAAACUUGCAGAUUAUACCAGGAAUAUCACAUGGAUUCAGAAGAACUGUGAUGUGGAGGUCAUCAUGCUUAUGCCAGGAGACAUGUUUCUGUGCAUGAUGGCAACAAAGGGACAACAAUACUGUGCGAAGGGCAGUAGUGCACAGUGCGCAGAGGAUACCAAGACUGCACCACCGACCAGAGAUAUUGCUGACAUCAUCUAUCAGCAUUUUGGCAUCACAAAGCAGGUGCACACCGGCAAUAUCCUAUACACUGGCGACCAGUUUGACCCAGGUUCUGAGAUCGAUCAUGUUGAGCUACUUCUAUGGUUUCAACAGAUGAUGCACCUAUAG